GCGCGCCGCGCCGCCCGAGCGGGCGGCUCUACUUAAGCGGCGCGCGGGCCGCGACCCGCCACUCGCCUGGAGCGCGCGGGCGAGGCGGGCGCAGCGCACCGGGGCUCUCGUGGGCGCACUGCUGCGCGCUCGCACCGCGCUGCUCUCGGUGGACAGCAGCCGCCUGAGCGCAGGGCACCCCGGUUAAGAGCCGCUGCGGCUUCCGAUCGCGACCCCGCUCCCUGCCACUUGGCCCAUCCGGGCCACCUCUUUUUGGCCAUGGCUCUGGCGGACAGCACCCGAGGAUUACCCAACGGGGGCGGAGGCGGAGGUGGCAGCGGCUCGUCGUCGUCCUCGGCGGAGCCGCCGCUCUUCCCGGACAUCGUGGAGCUGAACGUGGGAGGGCAGGUGUAUGUGACCCGGCGCUGCACCGUGGUGUCCGUGCCCGACUCGCUGCUCUGGCGUAUGUUCACGCAACAGCAGCCGCAGGAGCUGGCCCGGGACAGCAAAGGCCGCUUCUUUCUGGAUCGGGACGGCUUCCUCUUCCGUUACAUCCUGGAUUACCUGCGGGACUUGCAGCUCGUGCUGCCCGAUUACUUCCCGGAGCGCAGCCGGCUGCAGCGCGAGGCCGAGUACUUCGAGCUGCCGGAGCUCGUGCGUCGCCUCGGGGCGCCCCAGCAACCCGGCCCGGGGCCACCGCCGCCGCACUCGCGUCGCGGGGUGCUCAAGGAGGGCUCUCUGGGCGACGAGCUGCUGCCGCUGGGCUACGCUGAGCCCGAGCCGCAGGAGGGCGCCUCGGCCGGGGCGCCGUCGCCCACGCUGGAGCUGGCUAGUCGCAGCCCGUCCGGGGGCGCGGCGGGGCCCCUGCUCACGCCGUCCCAGUCUUUGGACGGCAGCCGGCGCUCCGGGUACAUCACCAUCGGCUACCGUGGCUCCUACACCAUCGGGCGCGACGCUCAGGCGGACGCCAAGUUCCGGCGGGUGGCGCGCAUCACCGUGUGCGGCAAGACGUCGCUGGCCAAGGAGGUGUUUGGGGACACCCUGAAUGAGAGCCGGGACCCCGACCGGCCUCCGGAGCGGUACACCUCGCGCUAUUACCUCAAGUUCAACUUCCUAGAGCAGGCCUUCGACAAGCUGUCCGAAUCGGGCUUCCACAUGGUGGCGUGCAGCUCCACGGGUACCUGCGCCUUUGCUAGCAGUACCGACCAGAGCGAGGACAAGAUCUGGACCAGCUACACCGAGUACGUCUUCUGCAGGGAGUGAGCUCCCCACGCCCGCCCCUCGCCACUCCGGCGCCCACUUCCCUUCCUCCCCGCGGGGGACAGGAUUAUAGAUGCCCUCGCUUCCUCCCUGUUUCCCCGAUUCCUUCUGCCCCCACCCCCAGAUCCCCCAGUAGCUCACCCAGACCCGUCUGCACCCCACUUGAGAAUCUGCAGCCACAAAUCCUCUGGGCAUCUUCGUCUUCUUUGUACCCCACUAACCGAGAGAGUGUUCUGAUGUAGCCCUUCACUCAUGCUUCCUCUGCUCCUGGCCUCCAACCACCCUUCCCCCAGAUUGUCGUGAUCUAGUGGGACAGUCACCAAGUACCUGGGAAUGACUGAAUUGAUCAGAACCCGAUUGCCCGGUGUCCAGCGUGCAGUGCGGAAGAGUCCUUGAAAUUUUAAACCCUUUGACUCCAUAGUGGUUUCAGAGAUCAGAACUGAGAGCGCUGUGUGGAGACAGUGCUUUAAAAGGCUGUUACAGAUUUGACCCUCAUUAGAAAGAUAGUUUUAGACAAUUGAAUGGAAGGCCGUAUGCUGGAAUUAAGACCCCAUGGACGCAGUUCAGAGACUGUAAAUAAAGUGAUUUUUUGUUUGUUUGUUUUUUAAAGUUACAGAUAGAAGUAAAUUCUAGUACUGGCAACAAGGGAGAGUUCUAUUUACCCCCACACAAUAGAUCUCCUGUGGCUUAAAAUUGUAGAAAGCAAUCCUCCUGCCUGCGGAGGCGCCCUUUCUCUUCAGCUGUUUGCCUGAGCUUUAGGUUUUGUUGGUUAAGGCAGUACUUCUAGGCUAGGAGCAGGCAGGGAGCGGGAGGCAGCGCUGCAAGAAGUCACCUGGCAGUGACUGGGUAACGCAGGGUGGUUAGUAGGGACAGUCAGCCCUUACUUAGG